ACAUGAAUGGGAAUGGUUUUGGUUCUUUUUCCAGCCCUAAUAACUAGGGUUUAGUACUGUAUGGUCCUGUAAUUGGUCCUCGACUCCUUGAGAACACAAGAAAGAAAUUGAGUGCGAGAGAGAGCACAGGCUCACCAACCGACUGUAAAGAAGAAGAAGAAGACAUGUCCGCGAACAAUCCUUCUCAGCUCCUUCCAUCUGAGCUAAUUGAUCGUUGUAUUGGGUCGAAGAUAUGGGUGAUAAUGAAAGGCGACAAGGAACUUGUUGGGACUCUUAGGGGGUUCGAUGUAUACGUCAACAUGGUUCUCGAAGAUGUCACUGAAUACGAAAUCACUUCUGAAGGGCGACGGAUUACAAAGCUUGAUCAGAUCUUGCUCAAUGGAAACAACAUUGCCAUUUUGGUUCCUGGUGGCUCUCCUGAUCCAGAAUGAGGCAUUUAUCCCAGGUUGCUUUGUUUUGACAUCUUUCUGGGAAGAUGGUAUUAUCAUUUGACAAAGUAAUCUUAUAAGAAGCCUAACUACCAAGACAAUACAUUCCAGUGUUAUUUAGUCAUUUACACAAGUCGUGGCAAAACAGUUCAGAAGGGAAAGAUGCUUUCCAUUAUUUUCAUUUUAGAAGAAGAAUGAACUUAUGUAUUUGCAUUGUUGUUUAGGGUUCUAGCAAUCCUCGUAAUUAUAUUGCAAGAAAUUUACCUGGAUAUUAUUAACAUGUUUACAAUUGAAUGAUGGUUGAUGAAGAUUUUAUAUCCAUUUUGGUGUAAAAGUAACUUUUGUUUUAA